CUCUCAAAAUACUGCACAGUACUUUUACUACAGUAACUAUACAACAAACACAAAACCAGCCUCAUCAUACAGUAGAGUUGAUGGCUGCAGUUACUAUUGACGGCGUUGCAGACAACAAACUCAUUCCGUGCCAUAAUUAAUAUCAUACAGUUUUCCUCAUCAAAAGCUGCAAAAACUUCUACCAUGGAUGAUACUGUAACAACGAAUGUCUAGGUUUUUUUCUCUAGGUCAAAAACAAUAUACCAGCAGUAGUAACGAAGAGAUCUUAGAGAUAUGGCAACAACAAAGCUUGAAGAACUACAGUGUGUUUGGAGUGGCUCCUAAAACCUGUUCAUUUGAUGAGUGUGGAGGAAAAUUCACGAUGAUGAUGAGACGGAACGGAGGAACGAAUUGUCAAGACUGUGGGAAUCAAGCGAAGAAAGACUGUACACAUCUAAGAUGUAGAACUUGUUGUAAGAGUCGAGGGUUUCAGUGUCAAACUCAUGUGAAGAGUACUUGGGUUCCAGCUUCUAAACGCCGUGAACGACAGCAACAUCUAUCUAUGUUGCAACAGCACCAACCGUUUCGUCGAAGAGAUCAUGGAGAGAGCUAUAAGUAUAAACGACAUAUGGAUAAUCAAGAUGGUGUAGGUUCUUCUCUUCCAUGUCCUCAACCACCUAACCCUACCACAGGGUUUGAGUUGGGACAGUUUCCAGCUGAAGUGAGUUCUGCAUCAGUAACGUUUCGGUGUGUGAGAGUGAGUUCAUUGGACGGUCCAGAUGAGCAGUGUGCGUAUCAAACGGCUGUGAGCAUAGGAGGACAUGUUUUCAAAGGAGUUCUCUAUGAUCAAGGUCCUUCUCCUUCAAGUCUUUACACCAGUAGUACUAUUGCACCUAUGGAAGGUUCUUCAGGUGGAGGUCAUCAUCAACCUCAACAACUUGAUUUCUUAACAACUGCAACCGCAUCUGUGACCACAACAACUGGUAUCUCGUUUGAUCCUUCACUUUACUCGGCUCCGCUACAUGCUUUCAUGGCCGGUACACAAUUUUUCCAUCCCCAACAUCCUAAUUAAUGAGAGCAACUCUACCUAUAUACUUGAAUCAUAUAUAGUUGGAACCGUGUCUUGUUUACUCUUUCUCAAUCUUCUCCACGGACUCUUCUUUUAUUAAGACUUAGGGUUAGUGA